AUGGUGGAGUUAGUACAAAGACAUCAAGUUGAAAACGGUUCCUUUAAGAAUGGGACCUUUUCUGAGCUCCAAACCAUGAUGGAGGAGAGGGCUCCAGGUUGUGGUGUGCAGGUUGAACCGCAUAUCCGUAGCAGACACAAGAAGUUGAAGAAGGACUUUCAUGCAGUACACUUGCUGAAAAAUCAGAGUGGUUGUGGGUGGGAUGUUUCAACCUCUACUCCAACACUAGAUGAUGACGUUUUUGCAAGUGUAGUUAAGGUAAGCUAUUACAUAUAUGUAUCACGUGGUCUUUGUAUAUAUUUAUAUUGUUAG